UCCUGCCCCUCCGCCACCUCCCCUCAGCCGGAGCGGAGCGGUUUCUGCAGGACCUUGGACAGAAGCCACGCCACUCAGCGGCUCCGAGGCGGGCGCACUGCGGUCUGAACCCGGGUGGUAAAAGCAGCGGCAGAGGGGAAGGGGUGUUGGAAGUAGAAACCCCCUGUCCCAGCAGUGGCAGCCCCUGGCUCCGUUCAGCUCCCUUUCCUCCUCCCCACAGCUGCACCAUGGGCACUGUGUUGUCCCUUUCACCUAGUUAUCGGAAAGCGACCCUCUUUGAGGACGGUUCAGCAACGGUGGGACAUUACACGGCUGUCCAGAACAGCAAGAAUGCCAAGGAGAAGAAUCUCAAGCGCCACUCCAUCAUCUCGGUGCUGCCCUGGAAAAGGAUUGUAGCUGUGUCGGCCAAAAAGAAGAACUCCAAGAAGGUGCAGCCCAACAGCAGUUACCAGAACAAUGUUACCCACCUCAACAACGAGAACCUAAAGAAGUCCCUCUCCUGCGCCAACCUCUCCACUUUUGCCCAGAACCAGAGUGCCCAGCCUCCUGCCACCAACAACCAGAUCUCAAGCUCCAAAAGCACCCUCUCCUCCAUCAAGAAGACCCCCCACCCCAACUCCAACCUAUCUGGCACCCCCAAGAGAGUUAUUGUGCAAGCGUCGACUAGCGAACUGCUGCGAUGCCUGGGCGAGUUCCUCUGCCGACGGUGCUACCGGCUGAAGCACCUCUCCCCCACCGAUCCGGUCCUGUGGCUUCGGAGUGUUGACCGGUCCCUUCUUCUGCAAGGCUGGCAAGACCAAGGCUUCAUCACCCCGGCCAACGUAGUCUUUCUGUACAUGCUUUGCCGUGAUGUCAUCUCCUCUGAAGUAGCCACAGACCAUGAACUCCAAGCCAUCUUACUUACGUGUCUCUAUCUCUCCUACUCCUACAUGGGCAAUGAGAUCUCCUACCCUCUGAAGCCCUUCUUGGUGGAGAGCUGCAAAGAGGCCUUUUGGGAUCGCUGCCUAUCAAUCAUUAACCUCAUGAGUCCCAAAAUGUUGCAGAUCAAUGCUGAUCCACACUAUUUCACACAGGUCUUUGCUGACCUGAAGAACGAAAGCAGCCAGGAAGAGAAGAACAGGCUGCUCAUUGGCCUAGACCGGUGAGCAUACCUCACUGCCACUUGGAUGGAGGGGAACAGUCCAUUUUCCUUCUUUUAUGUUGUUUUCAUUUUCAGAACAAACCAGGACACAGAUAGGAGGCUGAUCGGCCACAAGCCACAUUUCUUCUCCGCCAUUUUAUCGGCUUGACUUCUUGGAAGCGAAACGAACAAAGGAGAGGAGGGCUUGUGGGUCUGGUUCUCUGUUUCACUGCAUGUGCUGGAUACAGCUUCCUUUCCACUCGGCGUAAGCAAUGAGAAGGUGAGCAGGAGUGGAGAGCCAAGCCAGCCGUGCGAGACCUUGGCAUUCCUGCCCCCACUGGCCUUGCCUGACUGGGGAGAAUCAUCUUGCACUUCUUAAUGCCUCACAGUGGAUUGUGGAGAACAGCAAGAAUGGUCCAUAAGAAGAUGUAGGGACCCGAUCCAGGGGAUUUUUCAGCAGCUGGUAUUCCAGAGUGAAGAGCCAAGUGUGGGAUUUACUUCUUUUAAGUGUGAUAACUUUGCACACUGAUUUGAGUGAAAUGGCACCAGCAUAGUAUUGGCCUCCAAAACAGACUCUUUAUUGCAUGAAAACAAAAGCAUCAGAAGCAGGCAACGAAAAGGCUAGUAUAUACAAGACACAUCCAUGCCCUUCUGUAUGUGAUCACCUCUACCACUCUCUUCACUGGGGGUCAACAUCCGGGGCUCUGUGGGGCUCUUUCUAAGCAUCAGUGCCAAAAGGCAAAGGUGAGAUUUGAGAUAACUUCCUGUUAAAGUCCAGAAGAAAAUAAAACAAGGUAGUCAAUAUGGGAAGGGGACUGAGAUUCAAGAUGCUCCCAAGGGAUGGCUGGUAUUAAUUUUGCUGCCAAGUUGUUUGGGAAGGUGUUUGAGGUACAAUGUUUUUUGCAUUGUAUAACUUGGCUGUUUCAGAAUAGGGUGACCAUGAGCCUGUUCAAAUACUGCACAUUUUAGUUACAAGUCUGUUCUCAGAUGUAUAGGCCCCACUUUUGAUCCUACAGAUUAUAUGCCAGCACCUCAGCAUUUCAAUAUUUUUCCCACCCUUUGCACCUAAGCAUUUGAUGUAGGCUCUUAAACAUUUGAUUCUGAUGUGUAGGAAUCUGAAUUUUGUUUAGCUUUCCAGUUCCCAAAAAGGAAGAGAUUAAGUUAGCUUCAGGGAUGGUAAAUGUAUAUAAAUUGUGUAGAGAAGGGGGACAUAAAAAGCUACACUGAAUUUUGCUAAGUUAAUGACAAUGUGUAUUACAUGAAAAUAGUCCAGAACUAGAAUUCUGUUGAAGAUGUUAAUUUCAUUUGGUAUGGAGAGCAUUUUCUCCAUUUUUAAGUUCUCACAAGCUGGACACUGCAAAGGACAAAAGGCUACAACACUCUAAUGUGAAGACAGACAAAGGGACAAGUUAGACAUAUUCUAGGGUGCUCUUCCACUCCUUGUGUUACGGAUGCUGGCAUUCUAGCAGAAAGGCAGAGGGAGGGCUGUAUUGUACUUAGGGUUGUUACAUAGCGUAGCUUGUGAUUAACUUCAAAAGCAGCAAAGCACUAUUAAAAAAGUAGGAGGAACAGAAAAAUACUGUGAAAUUUGAAAAGGUCUAAGCUGAUAGUUUUGAGGAGGACAAGUACAGAAAUCUUGGCAUGUCCAACAGCUGCUGGAUUUGCUAAGCAUGACCUGCCAUUGCUGAAAAGCUAGGCGAAAAACUGAGCCAUGAAAAAGUGGGACACUGACUGUUAAGUAUACCUUUGGAUUCGUAGAAGCAAAAAUAGCCUUAAUGUCACAAGGAGGGCUUCUCUGUGGUCUCCAUGGUGGAUGGAGAAAUGGGGGUAUAUAGAUCAUCAUUGCAUGACUAUUUGCUGCUCUAAAAUGGAUGGCACAAAUAUCAUUUCAUUUUUCAUUAUAGACUUCGUUUCCUGCCCAUCUUCUUUGCUGAUUUCUAGAACACCUUUUACAGGGGUGGGCAACUCUGGGGGCUCCGGGGGUCAUUUCCAGCCCCUGCAGGCUGCACCCCUGCUGUUACCAUGGCACCAAAUUUGGCAGUGGCAGAAAAAGAGUUGGUGGUUAGCCACUAAAUUUCAGUAGCAACCUUCCCUGGGAGCCUAAAAAUGACAUAUUUUGCCUGAAAACAUGCCAUAUCUGCACAUAGCAACCUGCUGUGGAGAUGUAAAUGUACAAAUUUGGCAUGUUUUCAAGCAAAAUACAUCAUUUUUAGCCUCCAAUUGAAGGUUGCAGUGGAAAUUUGGUGACAAACCAUCUUUUUACCCCUGCUGAGAAUUUUGUCCCUGUAUUAGCAGUGGCGGGGAUCACAUGCAGCCAACAAGAUGCCUGUUAUAUGUACCCCUGCCUUAAAGACUCAGAAUAAAUUUUAGUCCCCAUUGCUUGAAGCAAAUCUUUCUUUGACCUGCCCUGCCCUACCCCAUACAAUUCCAAAAAAUGUAAGGCUGCAGUCCACUGAAAAUAGUCCUGCAGUCCUGCAUGCAUAGGAUUGCGCUGCAUGGGAAGCAAAUGUGAUCUGGUUGUAUACCCUGGUAUAAAAAAUUGUCUUGUUUUCUUUAGCAACCUGGACUUAUGGGAUGGAUCCAGAUUUAGAGAUAGAUGACAGAGCUGGUGGAAACAGACCUUCCCACACCCUCUUCUCUACAGCAGUCCUUCCAGCCCCGGAAAAUACUGCAAAGACGGGCAUGGGACCUGGCUGAAAAGGAUGAGCUGCAGUGUAGGAUGGUGUGACAGAUUUUGGGAGGAAUGAGUUCCUUAGAUUGGCAAAGGAAUUCUGUGCAUCAAUGGAAGGCAGAUCCAGCCCUGUGUAUUAAUUGUUUUCUGACAGGGAAAAGGAACAGCUGAUAUACUUGAGUAAACGAGAGCAAUGAAUGGGAUUUUAAUAUGCUGCUAAUUCUUUCAGAACAAAAUUUAUUCUAACCACAGAGAGAAAAAGGGAUGCUUCUUCUGUUCCUUCAUAACAGCUUUACGGUAAUGUUGUGCAUGCCAAAAGCAGCAUUGUGUGUCUUUUGACAAGAGGCAAAACCUUAGAACAGCUGAUUGUAAAAAAGCAAACAAACAAAAGCAAAAACAAAACAAAACAAGAAAAUAUCACCAUGCACAAAUUUCAAGCACAUCCCACUUCCAACUGCUACCCAGGCCCGAGGUCCUCCAAAUCAGUAUUUUUAAUCUCAAGACUUCUAAAUCUUUUUCUGAUCUUAACUGUACACAGUUCUUAAUGGUUUAGUCUGCUCUAAGCCACAGUUGAAAGAAUUAAACAGGAAAAGUGUGCCAUUUUUUCACUUGAAAUUCUUCAUAACUGUACAUGUUUUGGAGGGGUGAGAAGAGAAAACCCGCUAAAUUCUACAUGUCUGUAUAUGUUAAGGGUUUUGGAUUUUUUAAAGUGUGCAAUCUCUUCUGUAAGUAUUUGUUGACCAAAACUGGUAUUAUGAUUGCUUAUUAUUACUUAAAUUAAUUUAUAAAUGGUCUCUUUCUUGUAUGUAUGUGUAUUAUAGUGUGUUUGUAAGUAUGUGAGGUUUAUAAAUAUGACAAAACUGUCAUGGAGCUGUGUGUGCCUGUAACUUAAUGCCCUCCUAUUUUUAUUUAUUUUUGUACUGUGCUGAUUAAAAUAAAAUGCA